UGGGGGGGAGGAAUAGGAAGCGGUGCCUGGAGCGCUACGUAGGGGCUGGCUCCGCCUUGAUGAGUUGUUUACAAGGUGACUUCCUCGGAUGACAGGGCGGCCUUCUGAAUAGGAGAAGCGAGGACGCACACUGAACGCUUCCGAGUGGGGUGAGCCUGCCAGCAGACAGCGAGGAUGUUGGUGGUAGAGGUGGCGAAUGGCCGCUCGUUGGUGUGGGGGGCCGAGGCGGUGCAGGCGCUGCGGGAGCGCUUGGGUGUCGGGGGCCGCACGGUGGGCUCCCUGCCUCGCGGGCCCCGCCAAAACUCCCGCCUGGGCCUCCCGCUGCUGCUCAUGCCGGAAGAGGCGCGGCUCCUGGCUGAGAUCGGCGCCGUGACCCUGGUCAGCGCCCCGCGUCCCGAUCCCCGCCAGCACGACCUGUCUCUGGCAGCGUUCAAGCUCCAGCAAGACCAGAGCUUCCGGGAGCAAAGCACGUUGGCUGCCGAGGCCCGAGAGACUCGGCGGCAGGAGCUGCAGGAUAAGAUCGCAGAAGGCCAAGCCGCCAAGAAGCAGAGGUUGGACCAGGAUUCAGGGGCGGCUGGCGGCAGUCAGGAGGCCAGCGGGAGCCAAGCAGCGGAAGGGAGUGACGCCAAUGAUGGCCAGGCUUCUGGGGAGCCGGAGGGAACAGUUCUCUCCUCUUCAAAACCAGGACCUUCAAAUGAGGUGGCCCCGCUGUCUAGAUCGGCCCUGCUUGUCCAGCUGGCCACUGCCAGGCCUCGACCCGUUAAAGCUAGGCCUCUAGAUUGGCGGGUCCAGUCCAAAGACUGGCCCCAUGCUGGUCGUCCCGCCCAUGAGCUUCGCUACAGCAUCUACAAAGACCUGUGGGAGCACGGCUUCUUCCUCAGUGGUGCUGGCAAGUUUGGCGGUGACUUUCUGGUAUAUCCUGGUGACCCGCUCCGUUUCCACGCCCACUACAUUGCUCAGUGUUGGGCUCCUGACGACCCCAUCCCACUCCAAGAUCUAGUUUCUGCUGGCCGCCUUGGGACCAGCGUCAGAAAGACAUUGCUGCUGUGCUCUCCUCAGCCUGAUGGUAAGGUGGUCUACACCUCCCUGCAGUGGGCCAGCCUGCAGUGAGCACCAGACGCCCAGGGCACGUGGCUGAGCCUCAGUGAGAGCCUUCCUGGAUGGUCCCAGGCUCAUCUCUGGUGGAGGCCAGCACUCCUGCUUCCCUAGGGUUUGGAACACUACAGCUUUUCAUCACUUACUGGUUGAGCUGUUUUUGUAGUUUAUUUCUAAACUGUGAGCUUCUUCUUCACAGAGGGUCUAAGGUUUGACCCCUCUUUGUUUUCUACAGGGCCUAGAUCUCAAUAAAUUUUGUUGAAUAAAUGUCGU